AUGCCUUCGGCCGAUCCGAAGAAGGCGUUGCCAGGCGGUGGACCUGCGUCGUUGAUCACACUCAAGACGCAUCCGCCGCUUCCCGCGUUUAGCAUCCCUCACCGUGUGCCCGAUCCUUCCUCAGACAUUUCCUCAUUCAAGCUAUCCAUCCUUCGCAUUCUCACAGGUCAGACCAAUGCGCAGUCAUCGACCAAGCCGCUCACUUUCUCGGAGGAGGUCAAGGAAAAGGCCAUCAACGGCUGGAAGAUGCAGAUGCUCACGCUCGAACUUCGACAAAAGGAUGACCUGGAAGAACAAGAUCACGUCGACGAGGCACCACUGGAUGACGGCGACGCAGCAGGGUCCAAAGAGAUGCGUGGCUUUGAGCUUCAAGACCAUCACGAGUGCAGCCUCAUCGAAGAGGGGGACAUGAUCGUUGUGCGCCUCAAGCCCGGCCACACGCUGCAAGAGCUCGAGCUGCCAAAGCUCGGCUCCGACCAUCGCUACUCGGCACCCACAGGCUCGCUCACUCGGGCUGGCACGCUGUCCGAACCGCCGCCGUAUUCGAUCAUUCAACCAUCAGAGCCUUCCUCCUUCUCAUCAUCGGUCGGCGCACAGCCUAACGCCAACUACCAUCAGCAUCGGUACCAAGACUAUCGCUCUGCCUUCCGCGUCGUUACGGCCAACAACGUCGGCUCGGGUCACGUUCGUAGAAGCACGGCCACCAACACGGCCUACGCCGGCAACCCAUCUGGCCUCGGACAGGGGCUUAAUCUGCUGCAAUCUUCGUCAACCAGACCCGGCGGCAUGAAGGGAAAGCGUCGCUCGUCGUCUUCCGCCGCGCUGCCCAAGGCAAGCGCCAGUCCUAAGCUUGGCUCGACGGCUGUGUUGCCCGGUACAACCGCUGCAGGCGUCACGGGUGCUCCUGCCACCUCGACCAACCCUAGCACAGUCGCCCAUGCUGCAUCGACGAUUGACCAGCAGAACGUAGCCUCGCCGCCCAUGUCGCCCAGGCUCGGAUCCGGCACGGCCACUCCUGUUUCAGUCUCAGGUGCGCCUGAUGCGCCGCUGCGCAGGAACAGCUCGUCCGUCGUCACCGUCCAGGCGGGGCAGCGCUCCACCGCCGCACCAGCGACAGCGGCAGCUGCAUCUUCUUCAUCGCCCAAUCCAAACGGAAAGUCGUCGGCGCAGUUCCCAGCCAUGCCCGCCACUGCGCUUGUCAUCGGACCCGGUGUUCAGGGUCAGGUCGGGCGCAACCCUGCCAGCGCCGCUGCGCCCAUCGGAUCGUAUGGAGGCGCCGAGAUCAGCGAGUACGGCAACGCCAAGGGUCUGGUCGGCUUCACUUCGGCGGGCGGAUCAGACCUCAGAGCCAAACCACGACGCAAGCCAAGCAAGCAGAACAGUCAGGAGUACAUCUCAACAGCUGCGACAGAGACAAACGUACUCGAUACCAGCGCUUCGCGUCGUCGACCUUCGAAUCCUGCCAUGGCUGCAGCUGACGCAGCCGAGAGACGCGCCGCUCUCGUCAGGGAGCCGUCUGCCGAGGCGGCUAACAAUGGCGCGACUGACGCUGCAGCGAAAAGGCCGGCGAAAGAGAGACAAGCGUCCUCGAGUAACCGGAUCGACAAGUCGGAGCUUCCCAGUCCGCCUGUACUGCCUCCCAUCCAAAACUUGGCGCCGUUCCCCGAAUUCGAGGCGGCAUCAAAGCCGAAGAAGGAGAGAGACCUGCCCGCUAUGCCCAUGGCGGCUGACGAGCCCGAGACGAGCAAGUUGAUGGUCGCUGUGAGCGCUCCCACCGAGUCCAAGCCUCCGAGGCUCUCAUUCCUGCGCAAGUUCAGCUCCAACACUCAAACCAGCAGAAACACGGACAGCGGGGCGGACUCACCCGCUCAAGAAUCAUCGACUCGAGGCGGCGGCGCAUUCGGCUUCACCCGCCAGCCACUGACGACUAGUGUACCGUUGGACGAGAUGGAUCCCGCCAUCAAGCCGGCACUCGACGGAGAGGUGUCGCAGCCCAACAGCUUGACGCGCGCAGAGAGGCGGUACCUCGAAGUGCAGAAGGCUUUAGCCGUGGAGAGGGAGAAGCAGGCCGAGGCGGAGAAAUUGCGUGCGGACGACAUCCGGGCUUCGCAGACCCGCAAGGAGAAGGAGAGGGAGAGGAAGGAGAGCGAGGCUAAGAAGAGGGCCGAGGAGCAGAAGUGGGAGAUGUGGGAGGAGGUGAGACGCAGGCAGAAGAGUGGUAACCCCACGAGCACGCCCGUACCUCCGGCUAUUCAGAGGCUGUACAGCGGUGCGGCGAAUGAAGGCGGCGGAGGGUCGUCGAAGGCAGCGGCCAAGCAGGCUGCUUCGCCCGCUGCAACCGCCGCAUCUACUCCGGCAGAGCUGGGAUCGUCUACGACGCCUGACAGCAGCGCUGUAGCUGCGGCCCCUUUGCCAGCUGCAGUCUCUUCGACAAACGGCACCUUUUCUAUGUCGAACGCGCAACCCGCUUCGCCCAAUGACAACAGUCACGGUAACGGCAAUGGCAGUGGCAUCGGGCAGCGCAUCGAGCUAGGUCUGGAACGCAUCACACGCCUUCUCGCCCGUCUCGGCUCGCCUCACAAGCGCUUCCCCGUCAUCCACGUCGCCGGCACCAACGGCAAAGGCAGCACCAUCGCCUACCUCGACUCGAUCAUCCGCAACGCGCUCGACAUUCGCACAGGAACCUUUGUCAGUCCGCACCUCAUCGAACGGCGCGACUGCUGCAAGGUCGACGGCGAGGUCGUGGUCAAGGAUGUGUGGAGGCAGGCGCAGUCGGAUGUGCUGUUUGCCGACCAGGGGCUUGAUAUUGCUGCCAGUGCGGAUGACGAUGGACAGCCGUUGAAGUCGUCGCCGUUUGAAUUGCUGACUGCUCAGACGUUCCAGGCGUUCUCGCUGCUGCCGGAAUCAAGGCGGCCAGAGGUACUGCUGAUUGAGGUGGGACUGGGGGGGAGGCUGGAUGCCACGAAUGUGUUUGACGACUCGCAGGUGUUGGCUAGCAUCAUUUGUCCGAUUGAUCGCGAUCACGAGGCGUUUUUGGGGAGCAAGCUGGAAGGCAUCGCGCGCGAGAAGGCCGGGAUCGUCAAGGACAAUGGGCUCUGUGUCAUCGCCGAUCAGAGGUUGGAAGAUACUUCGGCCGUGGAUCAGCUUGCGCUGGGCCCGCUCGAGAACGAAGCCAAGCAGUUGGGGGCUCGAGCAGCGGGGAUCUUGGACUCGGUGCGCAACGUGUGCAUGUCCCGCAAUGCGCGGCUGGUCAAGACGUAUAUCCCGUGGAAGCUGCUGUCGCUCCCACCGACGAAAUCGGAGCGAUGGGGCAGCUCAAUUGAUUUCACGCCACGUCUGGCUCCGACGCUGUUCCUGUCGACAUCGGGAUUGAAUCCGCCGUCGACGUUUGUAGCGCAUCCGCACGAUCCGGUCGUGUUUUCGGUGCCCGUCAGCGUCGAGCGCACGAGAGCCAACCUGACGGGCGUCUGCAUGGCGGUUCAGACGCUCUCGUCGAUCGCGCGCGACGAGUGGGCGCAGGAUCGAUGGGAGGAGCUGCGCACGCGGAUCAUGUGGGGGCUGCGCGACGAUGCCGAGGCGAAUCUGCGCGUGAGGGAGUCGAUCAACGCGGUGCGAUGGGCGGGGCGGUGCUCGUGGCAUAAAGUGGAUGGUGCGGAUGUGCUGGUGGAUGGAGCACACAACGAGUCGAGUGCGAUCGCGCUGCGAGAGUAUAUCGAUGGGUGUCUGGCCGCGCGCGCGUUGUCGGAUCCAGUGGCGGACGGGCCGAAGGGUAAAGCGAAGAGCAAGGCCGAGGCGCAGCAGUACGAGGUCACUUAUAUCUUUGCCUUCUCCGAAGGCAAGGAUUACGAGGCUAUGGCGCAGGCACUUCUGGCGCAACCUGGUCCACUGGUGGAGCGCCAGAACGUCGCGCUGACGACUUUCAGUCCUCCAGAGGGCAUGCCCUGGGUAAGGAGUGUGGAGCUUGCCGAUUCGCUGGCGACGCUGAAACGCGUCGCUCAGACGGUGGAUGUUGGAGAGCUGAGGACGUUUGGCGAUGUAGAUGGCGCGAUCGAGUGGGCCAAGCAGAGGAAAGGGCCGGUGGUGGUGGCAGGAAGUUUGUAUCUCGUUGCGGACACGUAUAGGUUGCUGUUGAGGAAGGGCGUCUGGUCCCAGUGA